AGAAAAAUUCUAGCAGUACAUGGAAUUUUAGACAACGCUGGAACAUUCAAUAGAAUUAUUAAAUUUCUUCCAAAGGAUUGUUAUAUAUGCAAUUAUGCUACCAACAUAAGUUAUUAAAAACAAAAAAUGUAACUGCACUGUUGAGAAGGAAGCUGCUUGCUAGGGAGAUUUUCUCCCACGUGGGAGCCAUCACGCAUGCGCAUGCUGACGUCUAGCUUGACGGCGGGUUUUUUAAAUGGACGUAGCUAUGUGCAACAAUGGGUAAACGUAAAGGACCCUUCCCAGUCGUUUCCCGUGUUUUUCGUUAAAAUGAAGGUGUGAAUUGCGUCAUUUUAUAUAAUAUAUUGAAUUGUAGUGCAAUAUUAGUGUGUUAUUACGAUAUCCCAUAUUUGAGUGAAAUAUAUACGUUUUUGUAGCAGUGCGCAUGCGUGGGAAAUGUGCAUACUGCCAUUCAGUACUCUACAUAUACAUAUGACAUAUUACAAUACUUAGAAUCAUCUACAUAUUACCGGUAUAGAAAUAAAAGCGAAUCGAAGAAAAUAAGAUAAUAUUGCUUGUUACUACUACAUUUUUUUAGUCAAAAGACUACGGAACUUGAUUUAACUAGAAAUGGAUCAAGAACUUGUCAACAAAUUUAUGGAAAUAACUGGAAAAAAUGAAGCUACAGCGAUCCAAUAUUUAUCAUUAGCGGAUGGAAAUGUAGAAAUGGCAGUUACUUUGAUGUUCGAAGAGGGACAAACGCCCCAAGUCGAAGUAGAAGAUUCUGAGCCAGAAGUACGUCCUCCGAUAUUACCUAGACAAGAAAUAUUGGUUGACUCCGAACCUAUGUUUUCGAUUCCAAGGCUGCCUACUGCUUUCGACAGAUUUAGAGAUUUUGCUCUUGAAACACAACGACAAGAAGAAGAAAUGACUUUAAGAGUUUCCGGAUUAAAAGAGAGCUCUCAACCUAAGUUGAAGCGUUUAGAAGAUUUGUUUAGACCUCCAAGUAACAUUUUAUUCCUUGGUACCUUUGCGGAUGCAAGGGAGCAUGCAAAGUCUUUAAACCGUUGGUUACUAGUUAACGUUCAGGAUUCUCAGGAGUUUGCUUGUCAAGUUCUUAACAGAGAUGUGUGGUCCAAUGAACAAAUUCAAGGAAUUGUUAAGGAUCAUUUUGUUUUGUGGCAGGUCUUAUCAAAUACGAAAGAUGGAAGAAAUUACAUAGAUUUUUAUAAAGUAAUCAAUUAUCCGUAUCUAUCUGUAAUAGAUCCUAGAACAGGAGAAUGUAUAAGAAAAUAUAAUCACAUUACUAUAGACAGCUUGAUAUCCGAUUUAAAUGACGUUUUAAGUGUUCACGCAUCACCAGAAGGUGCUUCCAAUGAUGUAUGCAGUCAUACAUCUAAUAACGUGUCAUUACGUGCAAAAAGGAGUCACUUAUCAGAGACAUCAAAAAGUGAUUACGCUUCGUGCAGUCAAAGUGUACAAAAUGUAGCAUUCGAUAGAGAUUCUGACACUUCAUGCAAACAACAACUGGAUGAUAGUCAACAUAAUAGUAAUAUAAAUAUUUCGAGCAAUAGUCCAUGUAUUUUGAAAAAGAGAAAACGAAUCGACAAUACAGAUCAGAAGAUUGAAUCUCCUAAUAGGAAAGAAGCAGUGGUAGGCAAGAUGGAAGAUGAUCAAACCGAUAUAGAUGCUGAUAAUGACAAACCGCUUUUACGAUUAUGUUUACGAUUACCCACUGGUGACAAGGAAACACUGUCCAUGCGUGCUACUAAUACUAUCGAAGAUUUUCUGAAAAAAAUGGAAGACAUGGGUUAUCCACAAGCCGAUUAUACAUACUUGGUCCCAUUUCCAAAGACAAAUAUUGGUAUACUUGCAGUAAAUAUUCCUUUGAUAGAUACGAUUUUAUUUCCAUCAAAUACAGUAUUUAUAACAAAAACGUGAAUAUGUCUGUGCAUAGUAUAUUUAUCUUAAGUUAUUAUGUUAUAAAUAAUUAAAUAUUUAAUAUUUCUUAUCCAGAUAUUUUGCAUUGUGAAAGAUCUUGAGUACCUUAUCUUAUACUACAUGUUCAGAAUUGCCACGUCUUUAAAUUUAUAUUGUUUUCUUACUUAAUUAUAUUAAUAUCUUAUUUGCAUUUACAAACAAAGUUGUAAUACAACCACUAGAAAAUUGUAGUUGUUGUGUAAUACUUGUAUACGUCCCUUUUUACGAUUUUUAUAGGAAUAGUAAGUGAAAAAAAA